UUUCAUUCCAUGAUCUCAACACAUUGAUUUUACAAUCCCAGGCCAUGGCCUCUCUCACAAUGAACGCCGCCACACGGCUCUCAACUCGCCGCACCCUCCCCACCUUCCAAUCCCACUUCUCCCCGCGACAAUGCCUCCAACAGCAACACCGACAACAGCAACAACGACAUAGUAUUACCACCCGACGAUACGGCUCCUCCGACUCCCUUCCCAAAAUCGCACAGCCCUCCCUCUGGACCUCCCUCGUCCCCAAAUUCAUCCGUAACCGCAAGUCCCGCUCCGACUCGUCGUCGCCCAAAUCCAAAGAAUGGAAUCCCGCCAGCUUCUACAUCAUCAUGUUCACCCUGAUCGGGUCGCAGGCUAUCCGGAUGAUUGCGCUCAAGAACGACUACGCGGCGUUUACGCGGUCGACAGACGCGAAGAUCACUCUGCUUCGUGAGGUCAUCGAGCGCGUUAAGAAUGGGGAGAAGGUGGAUGUGGAGAAGUUGUUGGGGACGGGGAAUGAGGCCAAGGAGAGGGAGUGGGACGAGGUCCUCCAAGAAAUCGAAGCCGAGGAAUCCCUAUGGCAUCAGAAAAACGCCGCCGCCGCGAAAGCGCAGCCUCCCCCGGAAGAGCCCGCCCCCGCGGCCGAACCGCCCAAGACGAGCGACGAGCCAUCGACAGAGAAUGCUUCGAAACGAAAGGCGCAUUUCUUUUAGGCCAUUGAUUUCCUAUUACGUACUAUCGCUAUAUUUACGACUUUACAUACCUGACGGAUUGUCGUGGCAAUACAACCUGACAGGACGCACGCAGAGGGAACCGUGUGUGUCUUUAGCUGGCUGGGCUAGGUAGACGCAGUGGCCUUGUCGGGGACUGGCAUUUCUGGCAUCGAUCCAGCGUAGCGGCAUGUCGAAUAGACGCCAUGCUUAGCAUGUGCACAAUCACGAGCUUGGCUGAGACUCCAUCCGCGAGAUACAUGGAUCGACCCAGAAGGAAAGAGGGG